AAGCCCCACAGAUUGCCUUACGUUGUGGGAUUAUGUUGAGAGAAUGUAUUCGACAUGAACCACUUGCCAAAAUCAUCCUCUUUUCUAAUCAAUUCAGAGAUUUCUUUAAGUAUGUGGAGUUGUCAACGUUUGAUAUUGCUUCAGAUGCCUUUGCAACAUUUAAGGAUUUACUAACCAGACAUAAAGUGUUGGUAGCCGACUUCUUAGAACAAAAUUAUGACACUAUUUUUGAAGACUAUGAGAAAUUGCUUCAGUCUGAGAAUUAUGUGACUAAGAGACAAUCUUUAAAGCUGCUCGGGGAACUGGUACUCGACCGGCACAACUUUGCCAUUAUGACCAAGUAUAUCAGCAAACCGGAGAACCUGAAACUGAUGAUGAACCUUCUUCGCGACAAGAGUCCCAACAUUCAGUUUGAGGCCUUUCAUGUCUUUAAGGUUUUCGUGGCCAGUCCUCACAAAACACCGCCUAUUGUGGAGAUCCUGUUAAAAAACCAACCCAAACUCAUCGAGUUUCUGAGCACCUUCCAGAAAGAAAGGACGGACGACGAGCAGUUCACCGAUGAAAAGAACUACCUGGUUAAACAGAUCCGAGACUUGAAAAAACCAGCCCCCUGAUGCGCUCGCCCAGUUCCCUGCUGCAGUCGUUCCGUCCCUGUCGUUCGUUGGCUUGUCCAUUAAGUGUCAUGUCAGAGAGUGGUGGGGUCUUGGGGAGGUUGUGCAGGUGCCUUUUUCUUUAUCUAUUCGUUGUUCGGAGUAGAUGGAAUAUAAAUGUUUGAAUGGAAAACAAAUUUAACCUAGAAUAAUAUAUUCACUUUAAUCAAAUCUGUGAUUAUUUCUGUGAAAUCAGAGCUUGUUCUAGACGCUGAUAAAAUCGAUUUUAACCCUUUGUGGGGAAAAGGCGGCAGGGCUGUGCAUGGUGGACCCCAGCCCCCAGCCUCUAGGAACCGCUAGGCCAAUUGAGGGGCGCCACUGAGACUGGGGGGAGCUGGGCAUGGGGGCAAGCGGGCCCCAAGAAAGCGAGGCUGGUUAGGUAUCCUUUUGCUCCCUUCCCGAUGUCUUUCGACUCUGAUUCCUACUUUUCUGGGGAUUUAAUGCCCACCUCCUAGCUUGCCACCCACGUCCCUUCCCAAGACCCCCUCAGCACCCCAGAGCUGGGCAUCCACCCUGCGCCCCGCCAUCAGUUAGCCUAGGACCAGUGAAGCAAAACCAGGGGGGAUGGACGGUCACCCCGGGGUGGCUGUGGGCAGGGGGCAAGGAGCACAGGCCCCCACGGUCAUUGCCGCUUCACCCGGACUUUUGUGGGGCUCGUCACUGUUGGGAACAUUUCACUCGUCAUUGUCAAUAUGGGAGAAACGUGUUGUGGUGAGUGUUUUAGAGUGGGGAGCACGGCGUUCGCAUCCCUGGCACCCUCAAAACCAUUGUGCCUGGAGAGCUGUGCAGGUCUUUGGGCUACUGUUUAAAAGCGGGGCCACUACCUUGGAAAGGGAAAUGAAUAAAUGCUUGGAAAAACUCUCACACGGCGGAAAAUUCAUUCUUCUCAGUUUAUUUUCUGGGAAGCUGUCACUCAGUGAAAAGGCAGAAAACAUAAAACUUUGGUCCGAAAUAUUCUUUUGUGUAGUAGGAUGAUUAAGGAGUUAAUUUGUAUUCUUUUAAAAAGACUUGGAACCAAAAAAUUCAGAUAUCAUGUAUAUAAAAUAAAAUUUUAAUGCUAUCUUUACAAAGCACUAAAGGCACAAUCGCUGAUCUGUAUGUUUUCAUAAUUCUGUUUUUAAGUCACGUGGUGUUGCCUUCCAUGAGAACCCCUGCUUUUUAGAGUACUCGGGUGCUGUGUUCUUUGUUUUUCUUCACCCAGCUGUGUCUCCAGGCGGAGAGAGAAAGAGAAGUGUGCUCUCCAGGAUGGGUGCCGCUUGUGGAUUGUGCAUCUUAAGAGCACCUGGCAGGGGUCUCCCCGUUUCGCGGGGGUCCUGGGCAUGGGUUCCGUCCGUGUCCUGCAUGGAGCUCCGUGUCCUCCUUCUGGACCUUUCUUGGAGGCUCCACAGCCAGCGCCAGCCACCGAGGAUGCUUCAUUCCAAACAUUUAAGUCAAGUUCGCUGUAUAACAUCUCCUCACUGUCCAGAGUCCCUGAGACUUUGACUCUUCUGGUUUUGCUCAUUGGAUGAAAAGAGAAGCAUGUAAAUAUUUUUAAAGUGAAUGUGAAAUAACCAUUGGAAGUUCUUUGGUUGCCUAACCCUCUUCCACAGCACCAGGGGAUGCAUGUUCUCAAUUGGAAAGCAAAGAACAGUUAUGAUUCUUUUCUGAUCAAGAAAGCAUAUUUUAUUUCCUCCGGGCUUGAAUUAGCUCUCUCUUAGCAACACUUUUCCCUAGCUUAGUACCUGCUGGACAGAAAACUUGGGUCUAAGAGGCAAGAAAAGAAGUAGUUGGGGUUGCACUGUGAUACCCGUUUGUAGAUUAUCCUAAGCGGGAAAGCAGGAAGUGCACAGUCAAAAUAUGUUUGUACAAAGUUCACUGUAAAUACUGUGGGAACUGAAUUUUGAAAAGGUCAUAUUGAAUAAGCUUUUCAAAAGCACACAUUUAAAUAAAGACUGAAUAAAU